AAUUGAAAUUAACGAUAAAUUUCGGAAAUGUAGGGCGUGUAUCGCCAAUUUUACGUUGAAAAUAACUUCGUCUUGUAGAAAGUAUAAUUUAAUCUACUUUCCAAGACAAUCGAUAAACGUUCGAAAAAUCUUUAAAAAGGGAGCGUGAAUCGAAACAACUGUGCCAUUUAUUCGGUUGGAAACGCCAGGGGAUCUUCGCGAGAUCUCGUACCGAGGAUGACCGAUCCAAAAAUCGAGAUGCAUUACACACCACCAACCUCCGACACCAUUCAAACGAAACCCUUUCCCAUUCGAGGUGAACGGGCAAAUUUCGUGAACAAACCUCAUGUGAUCGCGAUGGUUGGUCUGCCGGCACGCGGCAAAACGUACAUAUCGAAGAAGCUGUGCAGAUACCUGAACUGGAUCGGUAUCAGCACGAAGGUGUUCAACCUGGGCGAGUACAGACGACACGCGACCACUGCCUACCAGUGCCACGAGUUCUUCCGUCCUGACAAUAUAAAAGCGAUGGCGAUACGUACCCAGUGCGCGAUGGACGCCCUUAAGGACGUCUGUCAAUGGUUGGAGAGCGGAGACGGCGAGGUGGCCGUUUUCGACGCCACCAACUCCACCAUUGAAAGACGUCAACUGAUCCGGGACAUCGUCGUCGAGAAAAUGGGAUUCAAGUUAUUUUUCGUGGAGUCCGUGUGCAACGAUCCAGAGAUCGUUGAACAGAAUAUCAUGGAAGUAAAAGUAAGCAGUCCGGACUACGCGAAUAUGAACAAGGAAGAAGUAUUGGCCGACUUCACGCUAAGGAUCGAGCACUACCAGGAAAAGUAUCAGCCGUUGGACGAAAAUCAAGAAAGCGAUCUUUCCUUCAUGAAGAUUUACAACACCGGCGAGAAAGUAUUGGUACACAAGCACGAGGGACACAUACAAAGCAGAAUAGUGUAUUACCUUAUGAACAUUCACAUAGUCCCGCGUACAAUCUACUUAACCAGACACGGCGAAAGUAUAAUGAACCUCGAGAGCAAGAUAGGUGGCGAUUCGGAGCUCAGCGAAAGAGGCUGGGAAUACGCGAAAGCUUUGGAUAACUACAUCACUAGUCAGGAUAUACAGGGAUUGCGGGUGUGGACUAGCUGGUUGAAAAGGACCAUACAGACGGCAAGCGACGUGACCGUGCCCCAAGAAAGGUGGAAAGCGCUUAACGAGAUUGAUGCGGGUAUCUGCGAGGAAAUGACUUACGAGGAAAUCGCGGAGAAGUAUCCAACAGACUUCGCCGCGAGAGAUCAGAACAAAUUUUCCUAUCGCUAUCCAAGAGGCGAGAGCUACGAGGAUUUGGUCGCGCGGUUAGAACCGGUGAUAAUGGAGUUGGAAAGACAGGGUAAUGUUCUGGUAGUCAGUCACCAGGCGGUUUUACGAUGCCUGCUCGCUUAUUUUCUGGAUAAAAGCGCGGACGAACUGCCUUAUUUACAAGUACCGCUGCAUACUAUCAUUAAACUGACGCCUGUUGCUUACGGUUGUAAAGUGGAACAUAUUCGAUUACCCAUCGACGCAGUGGACACGCAUCGGCCGAAACCAAAGAUCCCGGGAUAUCUAGAGGAACGAUUCCGAGGGAAAGUCAAGUUGCUACACACGUGAUAACGACGACGUUAAUAGCACGGCAGAGAUAAUUCUUGCUAUCGUUCCGAGGUGCUGAAGACG